AUGAGGCUGCUGCUGGCCUAUGUGAUCACAAAAGCACUGGGAGCCACGGUCACGCUCGACAGCAACGACGUGCGCCACGCCUUUGUGGGCGGCGGGUCCGGGCGCGUCGCGGCGCGCACGCGCGCGGCGCCGCCCGAGCCCGGCUGCGUCGAGCGGCGCGUCGGGGACACCCACCCGGAGCUCGGCAACACCGACGACGUCUUCGUCCGGCGCUGCGGCCCGCCGCCCGUCACGAACGCGACGCGGGUUGCCUUAUGCGUGCCCACGCUCUAUGGUGCGUAUCUCAGGGCGCCUUCGACGAUGCGCUGGGCCGCGGCGUGGCUUGAGCACUAUAGAAGCUUGGGCGUCGCCCACUUCUUUGUCUACGCCGCGGCGCCCGUGCGAGGGCUGGACGCCGCCGACGUCACGUUGCUGGACGUGGCGUGGCUCGGCGGCUGCCGCGCGCUACCCAAAACGCACCACGCGCGGUGCGCGUACACACAAAACCGGAGCCUCGUCUACUGGGGCCAGAACUGGGUCCUGAACGACUGCCACCAGCGCGCGGCUGCCCAAGGCUUCGGCUGGGCGCUCGCGGUGGACCUCGACGAGGUCCUCGAGCUCGGGCCGAACCGCACGUUGGCGGACCUCGCCCGCGAUCCCGUCGACGUGCACACCUUCGGCUCCUCGGCCGAGCGGCCGCGCCCCUGCGGCGCGCCGUGUGCCGCCGGCGCCGCGCCGCCUCCCGCGCGGCCGCAUUGCCUCCCGCGGUACUGCGGCGACUGCGAGCGGUGCCUCGGCCAUCGCGGCCGGCGAAAGCACCUCUCCCGCGUCGCGCGCGUGCACGGUGCGAACAUCCACUUCGUCUCGCCCCGCGCCUGCGCGCCGCCGUGCCAGGUCCGUGACCACGCGGCGACGAACGCCUGGCUUCGGCACUUCGGCGGCCGUAAGUCGCGGUCCGGGAUGCGGUCGCUCCGUAUCACGGACGGGUGCCCGAGGACCUACUGCGAGACGGCUGGUUGGAUGGGCCCCCAGCAGUAAUCUGGUACGGUGACUAGUGAGUGGAGAUCCGGGGGAGACA